AUGAAAUUCACUUCCACAUCUCUGCUUCUGCUGGUGCUGGCCAUUAACAUGCCUUCAAUCCAGGGUUUUCUGGAGGCCAAUUACACGCACUUUAAGUGUAAGUGCAUCCAAGAGACCUCAGCGUUUGUCCCCCUGCAGCAAAUUCAGCAGCUGCAAAUCUUCCCUGCUGGCAGUGGUUGCCCAAAUGUAGAAAUCGUAAUCUGGAAGAAGAAUAGGACAACUGUAUGCUUGAAAUAUGGCAGUAAAUUUUUCCAAAGAAUUCUGAAAAUGUCCCGUAGGAUUAAUCAAAGUGAAGAGUGA